AUGCCUCCCAACGAUCCCGCAAAGGAGAGCGUGCAAACAGCCACCGAGCAAGAAGUGCCGGGAGGCUUUGCUCGCGACGAUGCAACACUUGCGCGGCUAGGGAAAAGGCCCGUUCUCAAACGUAACUUUGGUUUCUGGACCAUAUUAGGUUUCAGCUGUACAAUUCUCAUCACAUGGGAAGGAAGUCUCAUUGUCUUCCUUUCCGGACUGCAAAAUGGGGGGCCCUCUGGAAUCCUCUACGGGUUCAUCCUGGUGUGGAUAGGCACAAUUUCGGUUUUUGCGACACUUUCUGAAUUGGCCUCAAUGGCUCCAACAUCGGGUGGACAAUACCAUUGGGUCUCUAUGAUGGCACCUACUUCUUAUCGCCGAUUUCUCAGCUUCAUUACCGGGUGGUUGACUCUUACCGGCUGGCAGGCGGCUACUGCAUCGGGAGCCUACUUAACCGGCACCGCAAUCCAAGGCCUCAUCCUGCUCACACACCCGGACUACCUGGACACUAUGCAGAACUGGCAUGAAGCACUCAUGUUUGUCCAGAUGUCCGAGGAGGUCCGCAAUCCAGCUGUUACAGUCCCGUGGUCCCUGAUGAUAGGACUCUGCAUCAACGGAGUCUUGGGAUUUGCCAUGCUGAUUGCUACAAUGUAUUGCAUGGGUGACAUCGAGAUGAGACUGGAAGAGAAUCCGAUCUACCCUUUUAUGGCUAUCUUUUACAACGCCGUAGGGUCACUUGCAGGAGCUACGGUUAUGUCUGCGUUUGUUGUUAUCUUGGCGUUCAGCGCCACCACAGGCCUCGUUUCUUCGACAUCAAGGGUAUACUGGGCUUUCGCGCGUGACCGAAGGCUUCCUGGAUGGCGGAUCUUAAAGAAAGUCAGUCGCCGGACCAGCAUCCCCGUCUAUUGCGUUAUGAUCACAGUUACGGUCUCCAUCAUUCUGUCUCUCAUUAACAUCGGAAGCGCGACUGCAUUCAACGGCGUCAUAUCCAUUUCUGUGGCAGGCCUGUUUGGAUCCUAUCUGGCACAACACUAA